AUGGCGCUGUCAAAGUGGAGCCAGAGUUUGUUUGUUUUUGAGACAGAGAAAAAGGAUAAAGAGGAAACUGCAGGCUUUUAUUCAGAAAGAUAUUCUUUAUUAUUCAUGAUAUGCUUGGUCAUUAACUGGUCAGGUCAAGGAUUACAAAAACUGGGUCCAACUUUACCCUGUGAUGCUGAUACUCACACUCUAAUUCUGGACAAAAACCAGAUAAUUAAAUUGGAACACCUGGAAAAAUGCAGGAACCUGAUGCAGCUGUCCGUGGCGAACAAUCGUUUGGUCCGAAUGAUGGGUGUAUCCAAACUGACCAAGCUGAGGGUGCUGAAUUUGCCUCAUAACAGUAUUGGUUAUGUGGAAGGGCUGAAGGAUCUGGUGCAUCUGGAAUGGCUGAACUUGGCAGGAAAUAACCUGAAGGCCAUUGAACAGAUCAAUUCCUGUAUAUCCCUUCAGCAUCUUGAUUUGUCGGACAACAACAUAUCUCAGUUAGGAGAUCUCUCCAAGCUUAUGUCUCUAAAGACUCUGUUACUACAUGGAAAUAUUAUAACCUCCCUUCGUACAGCCCCUGUUUGCCUACCUCAGAAUCUGACUGUUUUUUCUUUGGCAGAAAAUGAAAUCAGAGACUUAAAUGAGGUUUCUUUCCUGGCUUCUCUUCCUCAAUUGGAACAGUUGUCAAUUAUGAACAAUCCUUGUGUGAUGGCCACACCUUCUAUCCCUGGCUUUGACUAUAGGCCAUACAUUGUCAGCUGGUGUCUGAACCUAAAAGUUCUUGAUGGAUAUGUGAUUUCUCAAAAGGAAAGCUUAAAGGCAGAAUGGCUCUACAGUCAAGGAAAAGGAAGAUCAUAUCGACCUGGACAGCAUGUUCAGUUAGUCCAGUACUUGGCAACUGUUUGUCCUCUUAUAUCUACAUACGGUCUUCAGACUGAAGAAGAUGCCAAGCUGGAAAAAAUAUUGAGUAAACAAAGGUUCCACCAGAGGCAGCUGAUGCAUCAAAGCCAAAAUGAAGGACCACCUACAUCUUCCACCCCCAAGAAAGCUCAGCCAGUUGCAUAUGAACACAGCAACCCAGCCCAGCCACCACAGACAGUUCUUGAAAGUGAACCUGUCGUCCAGAAGAAUUCUUGGGUUGGACCAAGUGCCAAUGAUGACCAUUCCUAUGCAGUAAAGAACACUUUUCCUCUCGAAAGAAGCAGUCACAAGGAGCUAUACCUUGAAGAUAUACAGACUGAUGAGGACAAACUAAACAGCAGCCUUCUAUCCUCAGAGUCUACUUUUAUGCCAGUUGCUUCAGGAUCGUCUCCAGUGUCUCCUACUACAGACCCCAGGCUGCAUGGAAUCAGCCUGGACCUAGAAGAUGAUGGUGAAACAGUAGCUGAAUCUGUGAAAGAUAGGGAAGAAGCCACUACCCAGCAAGAAGGAACUUCUUGGGUUGUUUGCCAAGAGCACUCCAACAAAGCAGCAGAAAGUGUGGAAACUCAAGAGACCGUUAAAGAGAGCAAAUUGUUGCUGUCUCCUGAUCCAGUAACACCUAAACUGACUGCUAACAGCAGCAAUAAUUUAGCCCCCUCUGAAGAGCACGUUCUGCACAGCCACCCCAGCGCAUCACUAGGUGCUGAGCCAGUAGUUACAACUCUUUGCCCUGAUCAGAGUGCAGGAGAAAAUUCUGAUGCAUCAUCCGCAGCUAAUCAAGGUGCAGCUGAACUGCAGCAAGUGACUAGAGCAGCUACAAAGCUCCAAGCCUGCUGGAGAGGAUUCUACACGAGGAACUACCAUCCCCGAGCCAAGGAGGUGCGGUAUGAAAUUCGGCUAAGCAGAAUGCAGGAGCACAUCGUUUGCCUUACCGAUGAAAUAGAAAAACUAAGAAAAGAAAGAGAGGAAGAUAAAGUUCAAAGGCUUGUACAGGAGGAGGCACUCAAAUUUCUUUGGAACCAGGUUAAAUCUCUUCAACAAUGGCAGCUUUCAGUGACCCAAAAUUUAGGUACUUCUUGGCAACAUGGAGUCCCUUCAGCCAAUACUUCUUGUACCUCAGAACCAUCUAUUCAAUCAUCCGCAUUUGAGCAAGAAACCUCGCCAGAUGUUAGCAAGGUUAAUCCUUGCUGCUUAAUCCCACCUAGCGAUGCUCCUCAGGAAAAAUCUUUACUGCAGUUCCCAGAUUCUGGUUUUCAUUCUUCUGUGGCUGAUCAGGCUUGUGCCAGUGACUUGUGUAGCUCUGAGAAGAGUUUUACAGAAGAAGCUGAGAGCUCUCUUUCUUUGGAAACAGUAAAACAAUGUGACAAUUCUGUUUCAGAGUAUCUUUCUGAUGUGGAGGAUGGGCAGGGGGAACAUGGGGAAAGUAAAGAGAGCUCUAAUAGUGAGCAGGACAGCAGCCUUCUGCAACAGUAUUUGAAAUCUGUUCAGCAGCUGGAAGAGGCUGAUGAUGGUAUAAACUGUGAUGAUGGAACAGAGGGGAGUGACCCACAAAUUGGCAUUUCAUCAGAAAAACAAGAUUUUUCAUCUGAUACUGUUUCUGUAGAUGUCCCCCAAGGUACUACUUCCCCUGCACGAGGUGAAAUCAGUCAGACACCAGAAAGCUGCAAGCUGAAUUCAGGAAUAGUAGAUGGAAAGCAAACAGACUGUGAUUCUUCAUUUCAGAUGCGGCAUGUCGGCGUUGCUGUAUAGUCAAUUCAGUUGCAUGAAGGA